AUGGAGGCCACCACAGGGCCUGUGCUCUACCACAAGCUGCAACUCUGGGAGCCUGGCAUGGAGUCGGAGGAGGAGGAAGAGGAAGAAAUAGCAGAGCCACUGGUCCUCUCCCUAAGGAGAUCCCAAAAUACCCCCCGGAACAAGGUUGGUGGGCUGCCAGGAGCCUGGGCCCGCCUGUUGGCAAGUCUGCUGCUGCUAGCUGUUAGCAGCUCCCUGGCUCUGAGGCAGCUGCACAGUAGGGACAGUCCAAAAGAAAACUUGGGCUCUGUGGCCCCUCCAGCCAGCAGACACUCCCAUCACCCUGGUGUGUACCACCAUGGAGCCAUUAUCAGCCCUGCAGCCACAUGUUCUCAGCUGGGCCAAGAGCUGCUUGUCGCUGGGGGGAAUGUCGUGGAUGCUGGAGUUGGAGCAGCUUUGUGUCUGGCGGUGGUACAUCCUCAUGCAACAGGGCUAGGUGGCAUGUUCUGGGGCCUCUUCUACAACAGCUCCUCAGGAAACUCCACUGCCCUGACAGCAGGCCCAGUGCAAACCCUGGCCCCGGGCCUGGGGCUGCCCACAGCUCUGCCUGCCCUUCAUUUGCUUCACACACACUUCGGCCGCCUGCCCUGGCCACAGCUGUUGGCCAAGCCCACCAAGCUGGCUCAAGAGGGCUUUGAGGUAGAUGCGCCCCUGGAAAGCGCACUAGCAGCCCAGGGCACCAAGGGACUCUGUCCACUCUUCUGCCAUACCAAUGGGGCUCCACUGAGCCUUGGGGCUCGAGCUACCAACCCCAAACUGGCAGCUGUGUUGCACCAGGCAGCCCUGGCCUCUAGCCCUGAUCUUGCUGGAGAUGCCUUGCUGAGUCUGCUGGUCAAAGACCUGGGGCUAGGGGAGGCUCCUGCUCAGCCCAGGCCCGCCUUAGAGCCCGCGUUGCAGCUUUCCAUGCCGCAGGGUGUCCUCUUCACUACUCCUGGUCCCUCAGCUGGCCCAGAACUUCUGGAACUGCUGGAGUCUGCCCUUCACUCCAGGACACCCAGCCCUACUUCCUGUCUGUCUCUCCUGCAAACUGCCAUGAUCUCAGGGAAUAGCGCCGUGGCCACCGUGGACAGCAGCGGUUCUAUGCUCCUCCUAACCUCCUCAAUCAACAGCUCCUUUGGUUCUGGACUCCUGUCCCCAAGCACUGGGGUUCUGCUCAGCAACCUGGUAGCCAGAUCGGCACCUAGUGCCUGGGCCUGCCCACUCAUUCUCCGUGGCACCCUGGAUGACAUGGAAUCCGAUAUGUUGGGGCUAGUGGCUUCAGGGAUGCCCAGAGGGACCAAGGCCAUCACUUGCACCUUGCUCAAUCAUCUGGCAACACCUCAAACCCAGCAUCAAGCUCAACAAAGACCCACAGAAAGCCCUGGAGUUUGUGACCAAGGGAGCCUACUCCAAGUGGCAGUCCAUGCAGAACAUGCCCAUGUCUCCAGUGUCCCCAGUGGCUGCUGCCCCUUCCAGGGGUAUUAA